GGAGUAGACUACUGUAUCCGCAAAGUAUCAUGGUUUUCUCAUCCGAAUAGGGAGUAUUAGUUGUACAUUAUGCUUGUGGUAACAUGAAACAUAUACUUGAAUUAUUAUAUGAAGGGUAAUGUUAUGCAUCUCCACCCAAAGACUCGUUUCUGAUUCUGAACUUUCAUUUGAAAAGGUGCACUUUAUCCUGUAUGUGCAGAAGGGGAAUUUUUGAAGUGAGUUUUUGAUGGCGUAUAAUGUAAACGACAAAUCUGCCUUUUGAAGCGGUUUUUUGAGUAAGUUUUUGAUGGGGUGUAAUGUAGUCUUAGAGUUUAAAUUGUGGUGCAGAAUGGAUUUUGACACCCAUUAUUAUCAAAGAUUUAUCGUUUGCUGCCCAUUGAUAUCCUCUCUUUGGCUUCUAUAUCUUUGAUUGGAACUACAGUUGGGUUUGUUGUUGCUGCGUUUCUGUGUGAUCUGGGCGACUAGGUUUGCUCUUAGGUUUUGGUGGUUGGGCAUCUGACUGUCUUUUGAUUGAUUGAUUACCCUUGUUUCUUACUGAUUGUCUCUUUUGGUUGUUGAUGGUAAAUCGAAUUUUGGUAUUGGAAUGCAACAAUGUAUGAUUUUGCAGUAUCUCUUUUGUUAUCUAGUAAAUGGAUAUCAUCAUACUAGUGCUAAACUAUUACCGAUUCUUGUGGUUGAUUAUGUUUCGGAUUGGUUGAGAAUUGAAAAACUUUCAUUGUAGAUUGAUUGUUUUACUCUUUUGCUUGGGUUGCAUUGCUGUUUAUUUGGUUUGUAAAUAUUAUCAUAUAUUCGUAUGAGUGAACAUUGUGUAUAAUCAAGAAUCAAUCCCUUAGUUUAUUUCUUCAAUUUAUGAUCAUUGGAAAGUGUUGCUGAUCAUUGAUUUUCUGUGUUGCACUUUCUCAUUGCAUAAAUUGCAUCCAUGAACUCUUCCCAAGUUGUUGGUGAUUAGUUACACCUGUGUUAAGAUAACCAUGCAAUAUACCUGCCCUGCUUAGCUUCCUUCAUUCUCUCUAUUUUGUUCUAUUACCUGUUUAUACAAAAGUCCGAAUCCAAGCACUUUCAACUCUCAGGUAGAUGGAUUAUCCUUUAUCCUGAUAAGAGUUAUACUUAUGCGCAAACAAAUUAUCAGGAAAUAGUUGAAAAUGGGAUGGUACUCAAUUGUGAUAUUGCAUAAUAUAGCUAAGAGUACUAAAAGUGAAAUAGUUAAAGAUGCUGUUGUGAACCUCUCUCUGCAUUUGAAACAAAAUUAGUUGAUAUGUUUCCCGCUCUAUGCUAUGUACUUGAAGGAUGAAUUCUACUUUUGAAUUUUAUUAGUAUUAUUAGAUACUAUAUCAAUUAUGUGGCGGUUGAUGUUAUAUCUAAUUUUGGUAUUGGAAUACAACAAUGUAUGACUUUGUAGUAUCUCUUUUAUCAUGGAGUAAGUGGAUAUCAUCAUAUUAGUGUCGAAUUGUUAUUAUUCUUUGGUUGAUUAUGUUUCAGACUGGUUGAGAAGUGAAGAAAUUUUCAUUGUAGAUUGAUCGUUUUACUCUUCUGCUUGGGUUGCAUUGCUGUUACUUAGUGUGUAGUUGUUUGUUCUAACUGCCUUUUGUACAAUACUAAUAUUUGUGUGUGUGGGCGGAGUAGAUUAUUCAUGAUCCGCAAAGUAUCAUAGUUUUCACCUCCGAAGAGGGAGUAUUAGUUGUACAUUGUGCUUGUGGUAACCUGAAACAUUUACUUGAAUAAUCAUAGGCAUCUGAAUGUCUUUGGUUUAUUGAUUACCCUUAUUUUCUAUUUUUUUAAAUUUCCUUGAAUACUCUACUACUUGAUAUUUGGGGGGGUAUAGAUGCUUAUAUUGGUUGAUGUUUUGUGUAAAACAAUGUCUUAGUAGUAUGUCAAGUUGUGUCUCUCUUUCAUUAAUGCUGAUUCAAUUUCGUUUGAAUGGAAAUCUUUCUCCAUUGAUUGUAUGGCUCUGUUUCGGAUCUUUGAUAUCAAUUUGGCUGAGAAGUUAAGAAACUAUGGGUUUUUCCUCAUAAAAGAAAUACAGGUUUGAUGUUGAUGGUAUGCAGAGUUUUGUUGAUAAAAUUUCGGAGUAAUAUGGUGCAAGUUCUGAAUUCUGUGGGACCAGGCUUCGUUCUUUUGACUCGUUUUCCCUUAUCCGAGUUUAUUUAAGUUUAUUACUUGUACGAAGUAUUAAUUAUAGAUGCGAGUAGUUAAUAGUUGUGUAAACUUUAUAUUAGUUUACAUAAUAUGUAUUUUUAAUACAGAGUAAUGUUUAGGAUAAUAUUACGAAUUACAUGUAUUAUCUUAGGAAAUAGUCUGUAUUAGAUUCCUUGUAGAAUUAGAACUUUAGAUGAGUGCCUUGCUUACCAAGUUGUUGUACCUUAUAUAUUCAGCCUUAGUGACCAUCAUUCAAUUCAACUCAAUUUUCUGAAGGCUUUCAAGUAAAAUAAAAAAUAAAAUAAUAAUAUUAAAGAUGGUUAUUUGCGAAGAAAAUAACACCAGAGCUAUGGACGACAACAAUCUUGCUGAUAGCAUAGAACCAUUGAAUUUCAGUAAGAAGAAAAAGAAGAAGAGAGUUGCCAAGUCGGAGAACGCGAUAGAUGGCAAUGACAAGGAAGAAGUCAUCAGAAGUGAUGAGCAGUCGCAGCAACCUUCCCAGGAGGGGACAGACAACGACGGAGAUUAUCAGUAUGAAGAGCUGUUACAAAGAAUUUACUCAGGCGGGUUUAGUGAAGGCAGGCAGAAGACAGUUAUGAAGCUGCCAGUCCCACUGGUGGCGCGUCAAGGUUCCAAAAAGACAGUUCAUGUCAAUUUCAUGGAUUUCUGCAAGAUUAUGCACAGGGAUCCGAAACACCUUGCAAGUUUUAUGGAGAUGGAACUGGCUACAACUCUGUCUUUGGAUGAUAAACAGAGGUUGGUGGUUAAUGGAAGGUUUGCUCCGAAACACUUUGAAGUGUUACUGAGAAAAUAUGCCAUGGAUUAUGUUAUCUGUCAUGGUUGCAAGAGUUCUGACACAAAUUUUUCGAAAGAAAAUCGUAUCAUGUUUCUCAGAUGCGAGCAGUGUGGUUCUGCGCGAUCAGUUCUUCCUGUCAAACUACCGAUGUUUCAUGCUUGCACAGGUCGUAAAAAGGUUGGGGCAUGAGUUAAAUUAGCCACAAUUAUUUCAGUUCAAAUCUCUUAUUUAUAGGAAAUUUUAUACAGGAGUUUUAUCUUUUGAAAAUAAUAUAAAAUUUUCCUUGCGUCUUUUAUAAAUAUUUGAUGGUUUUAUUUAUUUAUUUAUUUAUUUUUAUUAAUCUCUGAUAUCAUGUAGAUUCAAACGUUUUACAUAUAAAUUUUUUAGGAUAGUGCAAGAAUCAAAAGCUAUACACCAUAUCUAGAUUAAGGGCGUGUUCUAUUUACUAGGUUUUACUUAAUUAAACUAAUUAGUCCUUAUGAUAUCUUAUAGGCCUAAUGUCUAAGCAAAAUGCUUAUUCCAAUCU